AUGUCUGCGGCAAAAACCCCCAACGCCCGUCCGCCGUCGACCAGCGCACACAACAUGGGUCCCUUACUUCAAUCGCCACAGGCACAUCACUCCAACGCGCGCAGUGCCAGUCCAAAUUACUUUGGCUUCCCUGCUCAGGAAGACUCCUACGACUCGGGAUCCGGCCGCCAUACCAGGAAGAACUGGAGCCCGCCUUCGUCCGCCGUCAGAUCGACCGCCGCCUUCUCCCCCAGCGUGGUCCCUGUCGAUCAAAACCCAGACUUCGACGCUUUUCGACGCCAAUCGCAGAACGUAGGCUUUAAUCUGGGUUCGCUGCAUGAAUUUGACUUUAAGAAGCCGGCACUGCCUUCUGGCGGGAGUGGCCACAGCAAUUCAAACACAAAUACCAACAGCUUCUUCAACAACAUCAAUCUCUCGGCCAGUCCAAAGGCCUCGACCGAGUCACGCCAAAUGCCUCCGUCAGGACGCGUUCCAUCUGGCUCAAUCUCUGGCGGGCGCCCUCCUUCAGGCUCUAUAUCAGGAGGCCGUGUGCCUUUCGGUUCCAUAUCAGGAGGACGUGUGCCUUCAGGCCCCAUAUCAGGAGGUCGUCCCCAUGCGGGCUCCAUCUCAGGCUUAGGUAAUGACAAUCAUCUCGAUCCGGAGUCUGCGUACCAAGGGCGCUCCCCCAAAAGACAUCUUUCUAACGACUCGUCGUUUCCAGACGCUCUACGCCAUGCUCCUGAGCGCCCUUCUUCUCAGCCCAGGCUGAACAUGCCUUUCAAUCUCAAUCUUCCCCCUCAACCAAACUUCAAGCCUCGCUCUGAGACUGUUCCUGUGGCUGGUCCCUUGAACGACUCGAAUUCUUUCAUCACCCCUCAGCAUCUUUGUAAUCUUCUCGAGUCUGCUGCUGAGGAGAUGUUGAUACUGGAUCUUCGCGUUUCAACUCAAUACGCCGGCGCUCAUCUUCGUGGUGCGCUCAACCUGUGCAUUCCUACCACACUCCUAAAACGACCUUCUUUCAACGUAAACAAGCUGGCCGAGACUUUCAAGGAUGACGCCAACCAACGCCAAAAGUUCGAAAACUGGAAGAGCAGCAAGUACAUCAUUGUCUACGACUCGGCUUCCUCGCAAAUCAAAGACGCCACUUCUUGCGUUAAUACCAUCAGGAAGUUUGAAAGUGAAGGCUUGCAAGGUACUGCCUACAUCCUCAAGGGUGGCUUUGCCGACUUUGCCAAGAAGUUCCCUUCGCAUGUUGAGAGAGCUGGUGGUCAAUCGAGUCGUGCUGGCGCUCCCAUGUCGAUCAAGCUGGAUGGUCCCGAGAUAGCACCCGUCAUUGGUGGAUGUCCCAUGCCCAUGGAGAAGAAUGCCGCCAAUCCUUUCUUCGGAAACAUCAGACAGAACAUGGAUCUCAUUGGUGGUGUUGGUCAGAUGGAAGUCAAGCGGCCCUCACAUUUGACAAGAGAAGCACGCGAUCACUUCCCUCCCUGGCUGCAAGCAGCAGCUGACGAGAAGGAUAAUGGUGCUCGCGUGUCUGACAAGUUCCUGCAGAUCGAGAAGCGUGAACAGAGACGCAUGCAAGAAGCUCUAUCUGGAAAGGUUUCGUAUGGCUCACCUUCGCAAUCAAUGCCCAAGUCCAAGAUUCAGAUUGCGGGCAUCGAGAAGGGAUCAAAGAACAGGUACAACAACAUCUGGCCUUUUGAGCAUUCCCGUGUCAAGCUGCAGGAUGUUCCUUCACAUGGUUGUGACUACUUCAACGCCAAUUACAUCUCGUCGCAGCGCUCGCACAAGCGGUAUAUCGCCACUCAGGGACCAAUUCCCGCUACUUUUGCUGACUUCUGGAACGUAAUCUGGCAGCAAGAGACCAGAGUGAUCGUUAUGCUCACAGCUGAAAAGGAAGGUGGCCAGGUCAAGGCUCACAAUUACUGGUCAGACAAGCAAUACGGUCCUCUUCGUCUCGAAUUCCUCUCCGAGAAGCGCGCUUCCCUGGAUCCGGUAAAGAUCAAGAGGCAUCGCCAACGCCCAUCAGUCGGCGGAAGAAAAUCCACUGACGGCACCACCCUCGCACGUAUCGACACCAGUACUGCCGACGGUGGAUCAAAAGACGACCAACCAUACGUCAUCGUCCGCAAGCUCGCACUUAGGCACGAGGGCUACCCAUUCGAACGUAUGCGCGAAAUCACACAACUCCAGUACUCAAGCUGGCCCGACUUUGGCGCCCCGGCACAUCCAGCACAUCUUUUGGGAUUGGUAGAGCAAUGCGAUGCGGUUGUGCGCGCCACGACACACACCAGCUGGUCAGACCCGGAUCCCCCAGAAGCACCGCCGAUUGUCGUUCACUGCAGUGCUGGAUGUGGUCGUACAGGCACAUUCUGCACUGUAGCCACGGUCAUCGACAUGCUGAAGAGACAACGAGCAUCUCGCCAACGACACACUCGUGACAGCUCGCCCAUGCAUCUCGAUACACGCAGAAGCUCUGUGCAAAUGAAGGACGACAACAACUCUUUCUUUGGCCCACCUUCUGGUCAAUCGCCACAAGAAGACGAAGUCGAUGGAAAAUGGGUAGAUGACGAGAACCAAGACUUGAUCGAAAAGACGGUCGAAGAGUUCCGCAAGCAGAGAAUCAGCAUGGUGCAGAGUCUGCGUCAAUUCGUACUCUGCUACGAGAGUGUGAUGGAAUGGCUCGUCGAACAAGAGUCAGAGGACUAG